AUGAUUGCUAGUACAUUAACACGUAAUUCAGUUAAUCCUGUAUGGCUUAAUGCAAAUACAACAUUAACUAAUUAUCAUCAAUCAUAUUCAACAAUUAAAAAAGAAGUUGCAACACAAACAUCGAAUUUAUUAUCCAAUAUGGGUAAUAUGAUUCAUGCAACUGUACAUGAAAAUGAAUAUCAAGUAACUAUACAAACAGUAUUUCGUAAACCAGAAAAUCUUUCACAAUCACCAUUUUUUAUUAAUGAAACAAAUGAAUAUUAUCCAAUAAAUAGUGAACGAAAUUCACCAUAUUCAAAUACAAUUUAUUUUGAUAGUAGG